AUGGUUCGCAUCGAACAAUUUGCUGUUGAGCGAUGGAUGGAUGAUUACGAGAACGAUGCAAAAUAUAACCUAGCAGAGACCUGCUGCGCAUCAAUUUCACUUAACGACCUUAUUGCCUUUGCAGGGAAAUCGGACCAAUCAUGCAACAUACUCGAUUUCUCUCAGAAACAGGUUUAUGGCGCAAUUCGUGGAAGCAAUGCUCUACGUUCCAAUAUUGCAGCCCUGUAUGCGGACAAAUCAUCAGAACAACUAUCCUCUGAAAAUGUUCUGGUGACAAACGGAGCCAUUUCAGCUAAUUUUCUGGGACUGUAUGUGAACGUAGGCCCGGGAGACCACGUCAUCUGCCAGUUCCCUACUUAUCAGCAGUUGUACUCGGUACCAAAAUCCUUCGGUGCCGAGGUUAGUUUGUGGAAAUCCAAGGAGAAUGACAAUUGGAAGCUUGACAUUGAGGAGCUCAAAUCAUUGAUUCGUCCAAACACCAAGAUGAUCAUUAUCAACAAUCCCCAGAACCCGACUGGAGCCGUGUUGUCCCGUGAGAACUUACAAGAUAUUGUUAAUGUUGCUCGAGACCAUGGUUUAAUUGUACAUAGUGAUGAGGUCUAUCGCCCUUUGUUCCACUCUUGGUCUGGGGAUGAGGCGCCGCCUUCCAUUCUCUCAAUGGGCUAUGAAAAGGCCGUUGCAACUGGAUCAAUGAGCAAAGCGUUCAGUUUGGCAGGCAUUAGGCUGGGAUGGAUAGCUUCUCGCAGCUCGGAAAUUAUUGAAGCUUGUGCUUCUGCUCGCGACUACACUCUCAUCUCGGUCAGUCAGUUGGAUGACCAAGUCGCGUCUUUUGCUUUGAGCAAGCCUACUGUGCAAAAUAUCCUCCAAAGGAACACGGAUCUCGCUCAGCAAAACCUAAAGUUGCUAGACGCGUUUGUCAUGGAGUAUAGUUGGGCAUGUCGAUGGGUUCGACCUACGGCUGGAACUACCGCGUUUAUCCAGUUUUGUGACAGAAGCGGACGAGCAAUUGACGCGGUAGAGUUCUGCAAACAAUUGCAGGCAGGUACCGGCGUCAUGUUUGUUCCUGGUAGCCGGUGCUUCGGUAAUGAUGUCGAGUACAAGGGCUUUGUCCGCAUUGGUUAUGUUCCCGAACACAAAGUAUUUGCCGAUGGUCUCCAACAGUUAAUGAAGUUCAUGGAAACGAAUUAUGCACAAUUGCCUCCUGCGUGA